AGAGAGAGAGAGAGAGAGAGAAAGACACUCUUUCGUCUCUUUAAUCUUAUUUGGAUACCUUGAAUAGAAAAUUAAUAAACUUAUAGUUUAUUUUACAAACAAACAAUCGUAUGGCGGCCAAUUUCGAAGGUAGUUUUGUCAAUUUUAAAAGAAAUUAACAUAGCCAAUGAAAAGUUAAGAGCAAAAGAUAAAUAUUGAACACGCAAAAGAUCUAGCAACCAAAAGCUUAAAGGUCUGUGCGUUUCUUUCAUAUCCGCCGACAGAUUGGACAAGUUCAGGGUUAAGUAGCCAAGGGUAUGUGUGGAUAGGAACUGGUUAAAAAUUUGAUAAAACAUUAGGAGAGAGAGAGAGAGAGAGAGAGAGUAAGCGAGUGAAAAAGGGAGAAAAGUCAAUAAGAAUACACAUUUUUCUUUUAUAAUUUAAACAUGAUAUUAAUCAAUUUCACAGAAUUUUCGGAAAUAUUAAUUCCAACUAAAUAAAUAGCAUUGGCCAUGUUCUAGGCCUGAACGCACUAUAAAUCGAACUUUAGCAAACAUUAACGGUAAAAACAAUGUUUGCACGGCAUAUUUAACAGACAAUCUCGAAAAUCAGCAAAAACAGGAGCUAGCUUGCCUAGCCUCGUGAAAAUAUUCACUUUUAAACGCUUCCCCUUAGAAAUAGUAGUAGUAAUAGUAGUAGUAUCAGCAGGCCCAGUUAACAUGACAAAUCCUUCAACAUCAGUAUUAAGAUAAAUAGACUUGUUAAUCGUGUUUGAUAGACAGAAUAUAAAGAGAGGAGGACGCCACAAGGUAAGCUAAAGUGUUUUAUCCUCUACUCUUUCUUUCCCCUUCCUUCUCUUUCUCUCUCUCUGUCGCUUUCGGCAAUAUUUUUGAAAAUAAAUACAAGUUGUAAGCAAAGACAAAGAGAAAGAUAGCGUUCAGUAAUAAAACAUACAAACACAGACAAAUAGAAUUGUUACAUGUAAAUGAUCAAUUUUUUUGAACGCCUUCCAUAAGAGGAUAGGCAAUUUUCGUAAGGAAAUUACCUGCACAGCAUGUUUUCAUCGAUUCCCAUCUGGCAGGUGAACUCUGCCGCCAAAGGUAAAAAUAAAAAAAAAAGGGAGAAAAAGAACGAGAGAAAAGAAAAAUAUUCAGGUUGCACAGUUAUAGAAAGAGACCACCCUUAUCUUCCUCUCUCUCUUUUUUAAGUGCUCCCUAUAAUCAUUAUAGUUCAGGGCACUUUUGCGGAUUUAUAUUUCGUUGUUCGACGUUAUUGACACGAUUUUACGUUUCUAUUCACAAAACUUGUUUAGUUCGAACGUUUCGCUAGUCUUAAUGCGUCAACGACAAAGUGCCGACGGCUAAUUAUCCGGCCACAAAUAUAUAUAUAUAUAUAGUCUGUAGAAAAACGUACACAAUCUUUCCCAUUUUGCCUUUUUGUUGUUAUGGAAACGUUUGACAAACGGAAUCGUUGCUAUACAACGGGCGACCAUCUUUCUUAUUGGAAAUAUACUCAGCCACCGGCCAUGACUGAUUUCAGCUCAGCUAGUUCGACAAUUUCCAGUGAUUACGGUUCUUGGAUAACUGCACCUUCGGAAACGGGAAAUUUUAACGAAACUUGUCUAUCCUUAUCAGUUAGGUUUAAAGUUGAAAAAUGUGAUAAGGAAAAAGUUAAAUCGUUAUACGAGCCAAUUUUUAGUUUAAUCGAUGAAAAUUCGGAUUUAUUUACCUUUGACGAUUCGGAUAAUGGAGAAAAGUCUAUCAAGGACCAAAUACCUUCGGUAACUGUAUCUUCUCUAGCACUGAUGGUCUUCCAUAAGGAGAAUUACGUGACGGAAAAGCAGCAAUCUGUUAAAAUGGUAAAGGAAUGUUUGAAAAAGCCUCCUUGGGUAUUACAUCAUACAGAUUCAACAACGAGGGGCUCUAUUCACCCGUAUCCAUUUAACAAUUUGGACUAUUAUUCGUGUUCAUCCAAUCUUCCUCUAUUGGCCCUUAGGCAGGUUCAUUACGGAAAGGAAAUAAUUCGUAUAGUUCGAUUCGUGUCGCAUAAAAAUUGGCAGGAUCAAAUCAACUUUUAUUCACUAGUUAUCGCUCAGAAUGCUACAAUUAUAAGAAAUGAUUUUUGCCUAUUUAUACUUAAAUCAACUAAAAAUACGAAAUUUCAAUUGCAUUUCGCCUUAAAAAAGGCUCCUGACAAAGUCAAAGUGUCAAAGGUUAAUGACUGCUCUGUGCAAUUUUCUGUUGACAAAAUUGGUCAUCUAGUACCACUAUUACCUAAAACAGCAAACCAAAUUUCCGAGAAUUUAUGGCUGAGUAAUGACUUGGACGACAACGAAAUUCUUUUUUCAACAGUCGCCGGUUCAACGUGGUCCUCUAGGAUUUCUCUGUCGCACGUUUCCGCGUCAGUCGACCACGUCAGUAGGGGAGAAAACAACGACGACGACGACGAUGACGACAACGACAACGAACCUGGUCGUCGAGGCAUUGACAGAAAGGACUACGAAACUGCUAGUGUUCUUUCUAAAACUCCCAGCAGCAUUUCCAUAACUCAAUCUGAACUUUCAACACUGUGCCAUCAUAUAGAACCGAAACGUCCCGUUAAACUUACAAAGACUUUGGUAAGAAGUAUAAGAGAUAGUAGGGAGCAGAUGAAGAGGAUAAGAGAAGGAGAUUCGGGCGUAGAUUCUCCAAAUAGAGCGCCAUCUACCGCCAGAUCUUUAACUCCGUGUUCGGCAACUUCUAGCAAAUGCUCAGACAAACUAUCUCCACGGGUAUUUUUGAACGAACCAAGCCAAAAGGUAGUUCAAGGCUUAAAAGGUUUUUACGUUUAGGAUAAAACAAAAAAACAAACGAACAGACAAACAAACAAACCAAUCAGAACAAAUAAAUUGUGACUUUUUAUAUUGAGAGUUCCGUCCAACUUGGCUUUAUAUAUUUUAUUCUAUUAUCGUUCUUUCUUUCACCGUCCAAUAGUAGUUAGUGUAUUCGGUUGUACGUAGAACGAAUGAAGAUUGAUAAACGCUCCAUGACCGAUGGAGGCAGUUGAGGAAAGAUGACGAGAGAAGAAGAGAGAAAGAUCGGGGUGGAGAGAAGAAAAUCAGGAAAAAAGACAGUUCGAUCAAGCGAUCGACAGAUAGAUAGAUAGAUAGAUAGGUAGUUAGAUAGAUAGAUAGAUAGAUAGAUAAAUAAACUAGAUAGAUUGAAGGACAGAAACAAGAACAAACAAACAAACAAACAAACAAACAAAUAGACAUGCUAUCGAUGCUAUUACAGCGAUUCCUGACAUCAGUUAAACUCCGCCCCUACUUUACCCCUUCUCCCUGUAUCUGUCUCUCGUUCCUUGUCCCCUUUCCUAGAAUAAAUCCAUCUACAACGCUCUUUUCCUUUUACUUUCUCUCAAUAUUUGUACAAGACUAAAAGUUGAAACGAAAAGAAAGUUUGCUUCUCUUUAUAUUUAAAUAAAUAAUCAUUUUACACCUGUUCUUAUUCAUUGUAAUUACCUUUUUAUUAAAGUUUAUAUGCUUCUACGAUACGCAUGGCAGGAAGCGCUGUAAAACGAAUGGCUUUAUGAUAGUUUUAUCCGGCUAAAACGUCUUUUUUUCUUUUUAAUUAUGCAACAGCGAUGAGGUAUAUUCUACUUUGAUUCGUGAUGCAUGUUCAAUGACUAUUUUUUCCCCCCUCUUUCUCUUUUUUCCUUUCUAUUCUGUCAGUCAGUCAGUCUAUCAUCCGUCUAUCUAUGUCUUUCUCUUUCUCUGUCUCUACCUCUCUCGUUCUGUAUGCUCUUUCUUCCCUCUUCCAUUCCUUCUCUGCUCAAUCGAUUGGCAUUCAUAUGGUUUUUUUUGUCAUAUUUUUCCUAGUCGCUUCUUUGUAUUCUUUAGCUUAAGAAAGAUAGAGAGAAUUAAGGAUACCUCAUGGGCGGUGAGGAAGUUAGAUAAAACUUUAUGACCGACUAAAAGGACGUUAAAAACUAGAUGAAUAACAACAUAAAAAUAGUCAGAUGACUAUUAUUACGAAAUUAUAGAUGUCUC